CAAAACAAUACAUAAGAUAUAACAAGCAACAAGGAAACAUUGUGUAACCUGCAUAUUUCAAAAUGUUUAUGUAUGUAAAACAACCACAUUGAAUAUCAACUGCUUAACAAUUGUUUUGAUGAUGUUCCUACUUUAGGACUUUGGGAUGGCUGAGGAGUUUGCAACAAAAGCGCUGGAGCUGAAACCCAAAUCCUACGAGGCCUACUACGCCCGCGCCAGAGCUAAAAGAAGCAGCAGGCAGUUUGCGGCGGCCAUGGCUGACCUUCACGAAGCAGCCAAGCUCUGCCCCAAUAACCGGGAGAUCCGCCGCCUGCUGGCCCGAGUGGAGGACGAGUGCAAACAGAUGCGCACUCAGACUAAAGGGGGCCCCGCUGCAGAAGGGGCUUCAGGCCAGGCGUCGGGGGGCCACGAGUCAGACCAGGAGCAGGGCGAGCGGCAGGAGGACCCUUCAGAGCACAGCCUCGCCAGGAGCGUGGAAGGACAAAGAAGCAUCCUGGAAGAGGAGGAGGAAGAGGAGGAAGAGGAGGAGGCCUCGCUGCACGACAGGACAGCUGAAGCCUGCUGGUCCCAGAACAGUUAUUCCUACAACAGGGUCCUCCCCCCCGAACCUGUCAGCAACAGUUUGGGGCACCAGAGUCAGAGCCCCAGCUCCCCCCCGGGCCCCGGCAGGCUCCCCCCCCACCGGUACCCCCGAGAGCACCGGGAGGCCCAGCAGGGUCUGGUGCUGCAGCCCACCAAGCAGGCCCAGAUAGUGAAGACCAACCAGCACAUGAGCUCCAUGCAGGGAGCGGGGGGGGGCGUGGGGGGCCGGGUCCAAGGGGCCAAAUCUCAGUACGGCCCCUCCAGUCCCUUACCGAGCAGACGCAUGUCCAGCCUGCUGAAGCCGGGCCCGGGCAUCGACAUCAGCCCCCUGCCCCCCCCAGCUGAGGAGCCCGUGUACGGGAACAGAAAGUCGCUGGCAGCCGCCCCCCCCUCCAUGGGUCAGAGUUGUGAGAUGGAGAGCGUCCACUCCUCCCAGGCGUCCUACUCGUCCUGCAGCAGCAGCUCCAGGGGUCCGAGGCAGGACCGCCUGUCUGCCCACUCUGCCUCCUCCCUGGAGGGGUUGGCCUGCUCUGGCCCCGCCCCCCAGGGAAACCACACAGAUGUAGGAAAGGAUGGGAUGUGUGGGGGAGGGGGGGGCAGCAGCAUGCGAGUGUCCAGCUCCACCAGCAGCCUGGCGUCCAGCAGCAGUCUGUCGGACAGCGGCAAACUGGGGCCUGACGUCCGAACGAAGACCUCGGAGAAAACCAAGCACAGCCAGCAGGCCAGCUCCGCAUCCAAACCCAGACCCUUCAUGGGCGUCAUGGACAAGAAGGCCCGCUUCCUGCAGCUCCAGCAGCAGCAGCAGUUUCAGCUCCAGCAGCAGCACAGCUUGCAGGGUCACCCCAGCCUGCAGUCGGUGGGCCGCAGCUGGCUCAACCACUCCUCUGACGGUCUGGUUUGUCACAACAUGUCGGCGAUGGGCCUUCUGCCCGUCGACUGUGAUCCGCCUUACGCCAAAACAGUGAGCACUUACCAGGAGCAGCACAAACCUCCGCCACCUCAGGGGGCUAUGGCAAUGAGCAGCUUACAGAACGGCAUGCACGCCAAGGAAUUCACGGAGAAAUUCUGCCAAGCCGCCAACUGUUACAAAGAGUCCAAGCCAGCGCUGGCGAUGGCGCACACGUUCAUGGACAGCAAGCCCAAGCAGCCGGGGCUCAACCGAGAUAAUCCUGCCAUUCACGUAGCUUCAAUGAAACCAAAGCGAUCGUUUAUAGAGUCGAACGUGUAGAGAUGUUUGUUUUAUCUCUCGUACAGCCCUGAACGCACACUAGCAAACAUCUAAAGUAAGGAGGUGUUGUUUUUUAACCAACCACCCAGCAGAAUAGUCCCACUUUAAGCCUUGUAAGAAGUACAAGCUGUUUGUUUUCCUGUGUGAAUACAGACUGCAGGCAGUGUACUAAAUGCUCCAGAUCCCCCCCCUCCCCCCCAACCUGCCGCUUGUGGCUGUCAGCUUCUGUUACAUGACAACAUGUCUGCCGUCAUUCAGCCAAGCUGGAGACAUUGCACUGAAGGAAGUAUUUGGACAUGUGGUGGACAGUCCUCAUCAACGCAACAGUGACAGUGAGCACUUUAUACACACUUAGGCCACUCAACACUAUUCAGUUACAGCUUAAUGUUAUUACAAAAGAGAUUUGAGUGAGUUUAAUGAGGUUUAAUCUGUGUUCAUUUCGUCCAUGAUGCUGAGGGAGAAAAAAAUGAGGAAGUCUUAAGUGACGGCGCCAGAAAGUGGAAAAGGACGGACAUUCCUGUGUUUUACAAAGGAUGUUUUAGAUCCUCUUGUGUAUAUUAUAUAAAUAUGUAUUUUUCCUUAUUUUCAGUGAAGAUCUAUGUUAAGUGUAUUGACGAGUUCAGAAUUGUGUAUUUUGAGUUUUAUGCACAAUGUUGUUUAAAUGGUGUUCUAAAAAAGCAUUUGUUAAAUGUGUUUGUACAUUAUAUAAAUCACCAUUAACAUGGAAAUCCUUUCUGUAUCUGCUUGUUGUUGCUGUCUAGUUUAAUUUAUUUACAGCGCCAAUGGCUUGGUUAAUUGUAAAAGCAAUAUAUUUUAUAUAGUUAUUUUUGCACAGCUAAUAAGACAUUUAAUGAUUCUCAAUAAUGUUGAGUUUAAGUGUAUGCUACAAUUGCAGUUUAUAUUACAGAGUAAAAAAAAUCUAUAAAAACAGAAGUGGUUUUGGGGCACAGCGCCAUCAGCUCUAUUUUAAUAUGUACGUUCAAUGCAGUUGUUGCCAUGUUUUCAGUAUUGUGAGCUUUAUUAGCUGUGAUCACAUACUGUUAUAGAACAUUGCCGCCAUAGCCACCAUGGGAGAGAGAAAUAAAGACUCACUGAGG